AUGAGAGAAGAGACAGGUCUUUUUUGCUUUUACGAGGAAAAAAGGCUCUGCAUACAAUUACAAGGUCUGCUCUUCUCUGCUUCUCAAGGCUAUCUUCUCUGCAACCAAAACAGAAGAAAAAGAAGAUUUUUCAAACACUCUCUCUUUUAGCAUUAUUUGAUUUGAUUGGUUGAAUCACUCUUCACAUCAAAUCUCAUAUGCUCUUUUUUUUUUUGCCUUUCUUUCUUCUUGUCAUCUCAUUCAUUUCUGCUCAACUUCUUCUUUGGCUGACUAGUCUUAUCCAAGCCUUUGGCAAUGCGGACUGGGCGACAAUUCAUCUCCAAGACUUCGUCUUGGCCAAAAGUAGUGGCCAGAAAAUGGCUCAACAUUCCCAACAAAGCCGACGAGUUUCACUCCGACUACGUGCUACAAGCAUCACAUAAACUCCAGCGCCGGAGAAGGAGUUGCUCCGACGACAAUUGCUAUGUCGUCGUGCCUGAAGAUUUCUCAGUUUUUUCAAAAGAGGGUUGGUUGAUGAAGAAAGAACCAAGCUCAAACUCAGUCAUCCAUGAUCACCUCAAUCUCAGAACAUUUGUUGGGACAUGGAACGUUGGAGGGAUGGCUCCUCAUGGAGGGUUGAACUUAAGGGAUUGGCUCAAGUCCCCUACUCCAGCUGAUAUCUAUGUUAUCGGGUUCCAAGAAAUAGUGCCUUUAAACGCUGGUAACGUAUUGGGGGCUGAGGACAAGGGCCCUGCAGGCCAAUGGAUUAGUCUGAUUCGAGAAGCUUUGAAUGACAACGAGUUUGAACCCAGUGACUAUAAUAAGCAAGGAAGAAUGAGCUUCUCAGACUUACUUUCUUUAGAAGAAGAUGUCAAAGAUGAAGUGGAAGUUGGACCCCGGUAUAGGCUGGCUGCCAGCAAGCAAAUGGUGGGAAUCUUCCUAUGCGUGUGGGUUCGAUCAGAUCUUUGUUCACUCAUAUCCAACUUGAAGGUCUCUUGUGUUGGCACAGGCCUUAUGGGGUACCUUGGCAAUAAGGGUUCAGUUUCAAUCAGCAUGAGCUUGAGUGGGACAAGCUUUUGUUUUGUGUGUACUCACUUGACCUCUGGAGAGAAAGAAGGAGAUGAGGUCAAAAGGAACUCAGAUGUUAUGGAAAUUCUUAAGAAGACAAGGUUUAAUUCAUCAUCAUCAACAUCAUCACCUUCUUCAGGAGAAUCAUCAUCACCUCCUCAGACCAUAUUGGAGCAUGAUAAGAUGAUUUGGCUAGGUGAUUUGAACUAUAGACUUGUGGCUGGUAGUAGUGGAGAUUGUGAGACACAUGAGUUACUAAACAAGCAUGAUUGGGAAGCACUUGUGGAGAAAGAUCAGCUAAGAAUACAACAAGGAGGUGGUCGAGUGUUCCAAGGGUGGGAAGAAGGGCCAAUAGAUUUUGCUCCAACUUACAAAUAUAUUGCUAAUUCGGAUCAUUAUGUUGCUCAAACCUCAAAUAAAUCCAAACACAAACAAAGAACACCUGCCUGGUGUGAUAGGAUAUUGUGGAAAGGAGAAGGAGUGAAGCAAAUGUGGUAUGGAAGAGGAGAAUCAAAGUUCUCGGACCAUAGACCUGUCUAUGCUCUUUUCUCUGUACAAAUAGACUCCAAAAGACACAACAGCAGCACCACCAGCAACAGCACCACCAGGCUAAGACCAAGGCCAAUGCCACUGGUGGCAGGCACAGGAGUAGCCAAAGUGCAGGCUGAGGAGCUUUUACCGGCAGUAAACAGCAGCAGCAGCAGCAGGUUUUGACACAAACAAACAGCAGUUAAAGUAAAAGCAAAGGCAAAAGCAAAAGCAAAAGCAAAAUGCAGUGUUGUGCUGCUGCUGCUGCUGCAUCGGCUGGAGUGGGGUGCGGCUGCAUCUCUGGGCGUUUUUCUAAGUCAUGUGAGCCAUGCCAUGCCUAUUCCAAAUUGUUCAUAAUAUAAUAUAAUAUAUAUAUAGAAUAUAAUUUUUUGUUUUUUUGGGGUUUGGGGUUAGGGGAACAUAGUUUAACUUGUAACUAAAGUAGCCCAGCUUUUUGCAGAGAGCAAUUUUUUUUUUUUUAUUUAUUUAUUUGUUUUUGGGGGAAUGAUAUGAUACAGGCUGAUUGAGAAGAAAGGUAGAAAGUGAGACUAAUCAAAUGUGAAAGGGUUAUUCUUGGAGAAAGCAAAGCAGAGUUUUGAGUCCUCUACUUUAACUUUUAUGUUAGAGUAAUAUUAUUAUUACUAUCUUCAAAUGAAAAAAAAUCCAUACCAAUCAUAAACGAGGAUUCUGUUUAAUUGGAUUGGAAAUUACUUUUUUUUAUCCAAAACAUAUUAUAAUUGGAUUAUUAAAAAUUUCUACCAUUCAUCAUAUGUUAGCUAUUUGGCCAAUCACCAUGAAAUGGUUUGGAGUUUGGGAUUGGUAACCUAAGGUUGAAGGUUUUUGAACCUUUUUAUUUGUAAAUAUAUUUAUAUGUAUAUAAUAUUGUGUUGUAUUGUAUUAUAUUUGAUGCCUU